AGCCCACUUCCUCCUGGUUCUCACUACGAGCGACCUGCAUCUUCCCAGCUAUGGCAGCCUCGCUCGAGAAAGAAGAGAUCGACGUCCAGGACAAUGUUUCUUCCGAGCUGAAGGAAGGUCCUCUGACGGAUUACGAGAAGAAAGAAGAGAGGCGGAUUUUCAGGAAGAUGGAUUUAUAUCUCCUACCCUUCGUGUCGCUCUUGUAUCUUCUCUCAUUCUUGGAUCGAGCUAAUAUUGGUAAUGCGAAGAUUGCUGGGAUGGCUAAGGAUUUACACUUAGUCGGUCUACGAUACAACAUGGCUGCCGCUCUGUUUUUUAUCCCGUACUGCUUGGCGGAAGUUCCUUCGAACAUGCUCUUGAAACUUGUACGACCCUCACGAUGGAUUCCUUCAAUUAUGGUUGCUUGGGGCAUUGUUAUGACUUUAAUGUGUCUGGUCAAUAGCUAUGGGGGGCUUCUAGUCGCUCGUCUGUUCCUUGGCCUUGCUGAGGCAGGUCUCUUCCCUGGAAUAACGUAUUACAUUUCUCUUUGGUAUCCACGUCAAAAGCAAGCGAAGAGAGUAGCAAUCUUCUUCUCUGCUGCCACAGUAGCUGGCGCUUUUGGUGGUAUUCUCGCCUUCGGUAUUGAGAAGAUGGAUGGUAUCGGUGGACUUCAUGGCUGGCAAUGGAUAUUCUGCUUGGAAGGCAUCCUGACUGUCAUAGUUGCCAUCUGCUCAUUCUUUUUCAUGCACGAUUACCCUGAGACGGCUACAUUUUUGACUACCUCGGAACGCGAUCGCCUCAUCCACUUGCUCAAGAAUGAUUCAAACGGCCUGGCGACCCAUUUUGAUAUCAAAUUCUUCUGGCAAGCAGUCAAAGAUUACAAGACCUACUUGCAGAUUUGCAUAUACAUGGGCGUUCUUAUACCAGUGUAUGCAGUCGCCCUAUUCACUCCCUCAAUCAUCAGUGGGCUUGGGUUCGCCUCCGCGCGUGCACAGCUCCUGUCUAUCCCGCCAUUCGUCUGUGGAUGCCUUCUCACUAUCGUUGUCGGCAUCUACUCUGACAAGUGGAAUAUACGAGGGCCAUUCAUUAUUGGCGGUGCCUUGGUCUCAAUGUGCGGCUAUCUUGUGCUGUACAACACGAGCCGUCCAGGCCCAGGCUAUGCGGGUACUGUGAUCGCGUGUAUGGGAGUCUAUCCCACCAUCGCUGUCAAUCUGGCAUGGGCGGGCGGUAAUGCUGGCGGAGAUCUUAAGAGAGGUGUCGUGAUUGCUAUGGUCAUUGGAAUCGGUAAUCUCGGAGGCAUCUGUUCAUCUUUCAUCUAUUAUGAUCCUCCUCGCUUCCACCAUGGUCACGGUGUCAUGAUUGGGUGGCUGGGUUUAACCGUCGUGUCGAGCUGUGUUCUCAUGUGGAGAUACAGCGUAAUCAAUCGAGAAAAGGAAGAGCUGUGCGUGCGGGAGCGCAUCGAUGUUGACAGGAAAGACGAGUUUCGGGAAAUGGGCGACCAAAGCCCCUUGUUCCGCUAUACUAUCUAGGAAUACGGUGAGAUAUGCUCGGAAUGUAUGUGCCCAUCUAGUACCUUCUAAGUAGUCAUACACCUAGUUUUUUGUAAUUUUUAGUUUGAGUCAUCGACGUUCUGAUAAUUACCUCCUGGCGUUAUAUACUGUAUCUCGGAACAUAAAAUAGAGGCAAUUAACG